UCAUGGUUCCUCGCAUACAUACACACGUGUAUAAAUAGACAGUAGAUACAAAGAGAGAGAGGGGUAUACUGUGUGUAGCAGCAUAUUGAUACGCCAUUAGACAAGCGUAUGUAGGACCUCUGGAAUCGCGCGGAAACGCGGUGGAUAGGACAACACUGGAUAGGAUCAACGGAAGCUGAACAGCUCAGCAGCAAGUACUGAGACUCAUGGCUGGUACGUCAAGGCAAUCCAGUCCAGAUGGUGGUUCUGAGGUAGUGUCGUAUCCAUGGUGAUAGGCUCUAACCCCCCUUCCCGCUUUCAAAUUUACCCGAUGCCUAACCUAGCACCGCUGGAUGGUUAUUCUAACGCAUGACGACUAGCGUAACUAAACACGAACGUGGAUGACGGGUGUGCUAUAAAGUAACGUUACGAGGCAAAGUUUAACCAUGAUGGAUCGAGUAUGGAUCACAUAAAGAGCAGGCGAUUGCUAACAACGUCUAGCCGAAUAAAAGGCAACGAAGUAAAGAAGUAAGUAUUGCUAACAUGUGUCCCAGUGCAACCCAAUCCGGGUAAAAGUUUCGGCUUGAUAUGCGAUUUGAUCAACAAGAAGAGCUUCACGUAGACAGAAAACGGAAAUUGUAGUCACUCUGCUGAAGUUCGCCGAGAAUUGUUUCUCACGUACCAGCCGACAUCAUAUAACUCGUCACGAUGUUGGGUUAUUUCUAUCCAUAGGAAGUUACGAGGAAGUCGACGAUGUAGAGAUUUGGAUGUUGUGCAUUUCUACAUAGUUACUGUCUCCACUGAACCAUGAUUGCACACAUGACUCUGUCAUCUGAAUGCUCAAUCGUGUAUGACUACAUGCUGCUUUUAUUUAGGAUACCUGUGGAGUUUACUUAUGCGGUGAAUUGCUUGUAGUGAAUGUUACCAAAGCGGCUGGGUGGGGAACGUGUAUUGACACAAAGAAUAAACAUCUUAAACAAUACCAUGUAGCAGAUAAUGGUUUUGUCUACGGUCAACAAGCUUUUGACAAAAACAGCAACUGCAUAGAGCUCUGCCCGCACUGACUGAAGUGCGUUUAACGGCGGAAGCCCACAGCCAUGCGAAUGCUUAGCCCAAUACGAUGUGGCGCGCGGAGAUGAACUGUCACCGCAGACCAAAACGGUGCACAUGGAGGCACUUGCCGGCUACUCAGGCCGGGGGUAAGUGGCAAAGCCAAGGUGGCUUUUUGCCGGCUAAGACUGCGCGAACUCGAGUUGAUCGAAGCGUGCAAGUAUCAUCGUCAUCAUCGCUUCCGCUUUCAUCAUCAUCAUCGACGAAGCUCUCGUUGUCCCGGGGACAUCAGAUCUCGUUACAUUGUCUUAUCACAUCGAUCUCAAUCACCAUACUGAUUCUGGGCCCCCACAUACACCCAGUCAUGGGAAGUAGAGAUGGAGAUUCCGCGCUAAAUAAUCAGCGGGCAGUGACGCCUCAAUACCAGACGACGCGUCAGGAUCAACAUCGGCCCAUACAAUAUUCUUAUCAGGUCCAGCAGCAGUCGCAGGAAGAGCCCGUAGUGCUCUAUACCAAAGGACAAUACAGUUCAGCAGAUAGACCAUUCCGGAUAGAAAAUCACACGCUUCUGCAAUCUGCUCUAAAGAUCUUUGAGCAGAACGACUUUACAAUAAUGGCCAAUCUCCAACAACAAAUUGGAUCCCAGGCCAUUCUACUAUCACUCGAUCAACCGGCACCGAUAAACAAAGGGUUGCUGGAGAUAACAAUCAGUUCGCAACAUGCUGAAGUUUCGAUAUGGUACAGGAGUCCUGCAGGUGUCUGGCGGAGAAAAGUCUUCCCGUAUGUUCAGCUGGCCAACAACCAAUUUCACAAUAUAUCAUUACGCUUCACAGGAAACCAGGUAGCGUUAUUUAUUGAUUGCACACAUAAAGGGAAACUAUCUCUAUCUGGCGGCCGUGCCCACAUAACGCAAGACGCCCAACUUGUACUUUUCGAUAGAAGAGAAGCUGAUGCAUUUCUGGAUGAAGUACGUUACGUCUACUUAGCAGCAGGGCCCCAGGCAUUGCAACGGUUUCAAUGCCCCUGGCUUGUUGACGAGUCUCAGCAGGACAAAGACGAAAGGUUAGCACAACUUGUUCAAGAACAGCAAAGGUAUAAGAAGGACCUAGAUGAGGUUCGGGCCACAUUAAGGAGGAUGCAGCAGAGCGUUGAUCAGAUAGAAAAAAUCGUUUUGCCAGUUUGUGAAAUUGACCAGGCUAGGACCAAGAAGAACCUGGAAACUUGGAAAGAUGGCUGCAAACAGUGCACCUGCGAGAACAAAAAUGUUACCUGCAUACCGUUACCAUGUCCUAGUCGCGUGAACUGCUCAGACCCGAUGUUGGAUCCGUGCUGCAAAGCCACAUGCGGACGAAACUGCUCUGAUGGAGCUGAUAUUCUUAUUCACGGGGAUUCUGUCUAUACGUCGCGAUCCCUUACGGGCUGCAUUGUAAAGACGUGUAAUGCGGGAGUUAUCACCUUCAACAAUAAGACCUGCCCACCUCUGGCCUGUCCCGAAGAAGAUCGGGCGCUGCCGGUGGACGGCUGUUGCCCCAUUUGCCUGCGGCGUCAUUGUGGGACAUUUUUAGGCGCCUGUGCCGAAAACGCCCACUGUAGCAACCAUAUGAUGAAUCCACGCUGCACCUGUGAUCAGGGCUACAAAGGCGACGGUGUCACUAAAUGUGAAGAUAUUGACGAGUGCGCUUCAAAGGACUUAAAUCAUUGUUCCGGAAACAGUGUCUGCGAAAAUACUCCAGGAGGUUAUAAUUGCAAUUGUAAGGAGGGAUAUCGUAUGGAUUCAGUCGGGCAUUUUUGCGUCGAUAUUAAUGAGUGCGCCGAAAAAGAUUUCUGCGACUCGGGAGCCACAUGUAUAAACACGAAUGGAGGUUUCCGGUGUGUAUGUCCUGAAGGGUACCGAAGCGAAGGCCGAGCGUGUAAACCGGUUUGCACAACCGACUGCCAACAUGGAGGUUACUGUAAAGCUCCGGGGCUAUGCGAAUGCCGUCCUGGAUACCGAGGCGAUCUUUGCCAAUACGAUAUUGAUGAAUGUGCUGGAUCCAACAUGUGCGGAAAACAUGCCAUCUGCAUCAACCAGCCUGGCCAUUAUUACUGCCAAUGCAAGGACGGUUUCCAGCUUGAAGCAUACAAUGGGACUUUGCACUGUGCAGACAUCAACGAAUGCGCCAUGGAUCCAUAUACAUGUCCCAGCGGAUGCAACUGCAUCAAUCGAGAAGGCUCAUUCACGUGUGCAUGUCCCGCGGUGGACUCCAGCGGUGCCAAUGUAACUAGCUGGAGUUGCCGUGUAGUCGAUAGAAGGUUGAACUUCAGCGGCAGCGUAAACGACGGCAGCUCGUUCAGUAUCGAAAGGGGUUGUACCUCUUAUACCUGUCGACGAGGAACGCCGUUGCGAAGCUCAUUCAGUUGUGAUUGUAGCGAUCCUCAGCAAAUGCAUCGGGCGUGCUGUCCUCACUGUUUUCAGGAGGAAAAGUCACAGUGUCGCUUGCGCGCCACUGAUGGCUCCAUCGAAGUCGUUGCUAAUGGCCAACGCUUCAUUCAAGACUGCGAAAUCUGUACAUGCUCCUUCGGCAGCGUUCGCUGUUCGAAACCUCUGUGUCCGCCGUUAAGUUGCCCAAACCCUCAACAGCCACCAGGCCUCUGCUGUCCAAUCUGUCCUGAUCAGGACGCCUGUGCUCCAGUCAGUCCCCUCGGAGGUUUCCAGGAGAGUAGGCCUAGAAGUGUAGGAGAUCGCGGUUGUCAUCUGCCGCCCCAGUCGUUGUUUAUUGAAUCUUCACAGAAUCCAUGGGCACGAAUAUCUUCGCCCAAGGUGGGCGAACCUGAGCUGCGCCCAAUAAUAGCCACCAGUACGGUAGCCAGUACCUCGACUUCAAGCCACCUUCAACAGAGUGAACAACCUUUUCCGGGAGUGAGCCUUUCGUAUCUUGGCAUAGCGUGUCUGCUCCUCAUUAUAGUGGUGGUCAUGAUAUUUGGUCUGAUGCUCGUCGCACUGAGACGUCGCCAUCGGAAUCGGACCGGAUUGCCAAGAGCCCCGCUGGAUAAUGAAGUCCAAACUAGGCACUCCCAGUAAUAUGCGGCCUAUUUUCAUCGUCUGUGUAUGCUCAAGGGUAGUGCCUUUUCGUACUUGCCUAUAUAUAUAUCGGCCCAGGUUGUUACAGUCGAUUUUCCAAAACGGACGCAUCAGCCUCUCGCUAUAAAGUUAACGCAUCUUAGUUCUUUGAAUAGCUCCAGUAUGUAUAAAAUCUUAUUAUCUUAUAUCACAUGAGCGACGAUAUAUGCAUCGAUGGACGGCACGAAGGUUUUAUCAAGCACGACUUACUGCUUAUAUCUGUAACCAUCAUCACUACGCCUGUUUCGUGGUUAUGAAAUACCGAGUCUAAGGGACAGCGCCUACCUACAACAACAACAACGAAUAACCAGGGCGGCCAAUAGAAAACCCGUGACGCCCGGGGCGUACAGUUUAAAGAAGCGCCUAUGUCAGACGAACUCAUGCAACAUGUCAAGAAAUUACAAACCGAUUUUUAAGGCGUGAAACCGCACCGACACUGUCUGCACUCAGACAUGAUCUACAAGUAAGUCGAUGCGGACUGGCCAACUGUGUUAGAGGUCCUUCAUACUAGUCGUAACUAAACAGACAAUUUUUCCGCAUGUAGCAAACUGGACGUCUGCUCAGCUGAAAAUCGCUAGAGAGCUUUUAGAAAAUCGUCAAGCGGUCAAACCAAAAACAAAUGAGCUUCAUUAACGGAUUGAUGCCGUUAUCACGUUUGACGUGAACGAAAUCGAAGAUACGGUAGUCUUAUAAAGAACGUUCUGUUGAGUGACUCGUUAUUAACAUCGAACGGCCUAUUGCUACACCCUACGAUAGGCCGCGACUGAUUCGGAGUGCGGUUCAUAUAGAGAAAGGCGUGGAAAGAUAAUAAUUUAGAUACUUUCACCAGUCGUAGUGAUACGAUAUAUAAAUAUGCCAUUAGCAACGCAGUACAGUGUCUCCAGCUACGCUUGCUACGACAACCAUUGUAAUAGUAUUUAUUUAUAGCUUAUAGGAACAUCCGUCUAGUGAGGAGACCUAGCAAAAAAUCCAGCUUGGUUGCCCUGAGGUGUGGUCGCUUUUCUGCCGUAUCACGUCCAAUGGGAAGUUCGUUCCUGCCCACUCGAGCUCUGUUUUUUUUCAACGCAAAUGGCAGUACCGUAGCGAAACGUGUUUAAUCGGCCUAACGUUUCGAGUGCCGAAAUCGUAAUUGGUAAAUUGUUUCCGAAUGAUUCUUCGUGGCAUUUAGCUGUGCUGCUAUGGCACAAAUGAGUCGACGCGGGGUGAGACGACGGAUGUUGAAACUGUAUAUGGAGACGCGUACAAAGCAAUCACGAUAGGGCUAGUUAGCUGGCCAUCGAUGCCGAACGAUACCGUUUCCGUACGAUGUGAGAUUGAAUAGCGAUGUUGUUGAUGGCUUUAAACAUACCGUGUGGAAUAUUUUUUACUUUCAGGUUUUAUCCCUUCUCUCGCUGAGACAAGCAAACAUAAAAGUUAGGAGAAAAUCAAACUGGUAGUAAGUCUGUGAUAUGUUAAUCGCUGCACCGUAAUUCAUUCUAAAAGUUAGCGUUCAGCAUAGGUCAUUUCAACUUAUAGAGCAACAACCGUGUAGUUGUGAUCUAAUUAUUAUAUAUUUUCUAUUUUGAUGAAAACGAAAAAUUCAAUAAAAGCCAAAUGUCGUGAUGUACAUACACAUGCGUUGUAUAUGAGGCGACCCGUAGGGGGAACACACAUCUGAAUCGUGCUUCUUAUUUGCAGUCGCUUUUUCAUGUGACGGUCACAGUAUAUGGAAAAUAACGCUCGAACAACCGAGCGGACAGCCUGUUCCCGACGGCCAUUGGACGUUCUGGCUAACCGCACUAUGUAAAGUCUGCUACUAGAAAAAGGUCAGCGAGAGCCAGAAAAACAGCACGCUCCGCUGUGUAACAGUCUUUACAGGUGUAGAUAUUCAAAACGUUCUCUCUACGCUGACUCGACAUCAUGUUAAAAAUGUAAAGACGUAAGCGUCGUAACGUACUGUCAACUUCUAUUAAACCACAACAAAUCGUGCUCUAAGUAGGAUCGGUUACCAAAGAAGGACUACGUUUUUCACAGUAGUUGAAGCUCGAUUGAGCUAUUAUUGGACAGCGGAGGCGCGAGAGGUUGAAAAGCAAGCCGAGGAAGAAGCGUGCACUAUAUUAGGAAUUUCCGCAUGUCCAUCUUUGAUCAUUUCUCUCGAACAUUGCUAACAUUAGAAGUGAGCGCUGUUCCAAGCAUACCCUCAUCGUAUGUACGAUUGUUUAGCUGUAAACCGUUAAAUCACUCAAUGUCCAAGGAUGUUGUAAACUUCUCCUUGCUAAACCAAGCACUACAUCCUCCAGGAGCCUCUGCAAGCAAUCAAGUCGACGAUGCCGAUCUGUUCCGAAAAGCGUUGUCUUGCUGCGAUGGCUUUGAUACGAAGCCGAAAGAAAAAUGGGCCCGUCGAAUAGUGCACGUGCAAUGCUGUGCUAGAAAAUAUGUUUUGUUUUCCCUUGGGUUGAGAUGAAUUUAACUGAGUCAGAGGUACGAUGUGGUGAAUUUACUCAUUCUAUUUUAGAACAUUAAGCCAGAGCUAGUUUCGAAGUAACGCACAAGAUACUAACAGGAAUCUAUCAUCUCAAUGCACAGGAGCUCGCAGUAGAUCUGAAGAGUGGCCAAUUCGACUCGUGUGGACCAUUCGUCGCUAUCAUCAGCCAACCACGAUGUUUAUAUAGAAACAAUGAGGAGACUUCAUGACUGCAUCGAACUCACAGUGCGGCCCCGAAUCAUCAAUUGUAUCUUACUCCACGAACGAGUUUUGCAUGAAGAACUGCGAAUGCAAGCACAAGUUCGGCCAUUGGCACUUACCUAACAAAAAAUUAAAAACGCUUGCUUCGUGCAACCGCGAUUCGUCAGCUGUUGAUCCCAGUUAAUCAAUGGUUGUACGGUGUCACUCACAGCAACUAUACUAAGCUACCUCGAACAACUUUUGACGACUGUCGUCAAGCAUCCUUCUGCCCUGAAAAGCGUCGGGACCGGCGUCGGUAAGGAUCACCACCACCAACAAAAGACCGAACGCAACAUUUGAAAAAUAUCAAAGGAAGAACGAAGAAAAUGAAGCUUCUAAGCACUGGAAGACAAUAUGCCUGGUUAGCAAUCACCAGAUAUCGCCUAGCUCGCUAAAGCCUGGAACGUAUUGACACAGGUAUUAGCGAUCGCUGAUUAAACCCAUUCGCUCUUCAUCUACUUCGCGAAACGUCUCACUGGAACCACUUCACCGAGGAAAUAUAAACUCGAAAAUGAUUCGGACAACUCAGCCAUUGUUUAUUGCACUGGCUAUGACCAUUAGCGACACUGUUGUCACAAGUCUAACGAUCACUAAACUAGUGAGUGUGUCGGGCGAAUUUUACCCUCUUUCACAUUAACAAACUUUUAUAGGCUUAAUAAUAUAUAAUAGUCAUUUCUUUAUGAUAAUUAAUGAAAAAUAUAUAGGCUAUGUGACGCCAAUGACAAAUGAUCCUGAAUUUUACCUGGCCAAGAAUACCAAGCAACGACAAGUUUUACUAUCAUGUAUACGUAUAUAUAUAUAUAUGUAUAUAUAUAUAUAUAUAUAUAUACACACAUAUACACACAUACAGACACACACACACACACACACACAUGCACACUAUGUAUAAUAUCGUAUCGUUAUAAUAUAAGAAAUUCUUCAGGCUGCCAUUUUGUCGACAUGUGCUGCCCUCCUAGCUUACCUGGCUGCCAAAUGCUAUUCAACCAAUUACUAGUGAUUUACUAACUUUAUCCAGUAUCACGUCGAGACAGAGCAAGCUUUUACAUCACAUGUUAUGUAAAAGAGGCGACAAAUCGUUCAACUAACUCGGGUGAUGUCUACUGUAUUCUUGUUCGCUCUGACUAUAUGAUAUGCAUACAUGGCGCGGAUCACUUCUUACUUCAAAAAACGUAAGCUCCAUAAUUACUGAUCGUAUUUGCUGGGCUGACGUUGCUUUGAUCAUCCACUUAAGAGAAAGACGCACCUGAAAAAAAUCUUACCAUAGUGAAAUUAUGAUUUUUUAGGAUGCCUGUGGCCUUCAGGAAAAUGUCGUCUUUAAAGUCGAUGAAAAAGAUGCAACAAGCGCAUCGAUAAUAACAUGAGAAAAUAAAAUUACAAAACAAAUCUUACAGAGAUAAUUGGAGCAAUACAAGAUAGUAGUAAAUUAUUAAUACGAUAUUUUACUGUAUAUUUAUGAGAUGGGUAACUGUACACUAGUCUAUGUACGCGUAACCCUGUUGCAAUGUAUAAUAUAAUAUAUAAAGGAGUUAUUUUCUUAGUAUAAUUACUGCUACGAUCUAACUAAGCUAGUAUCUCUUGUCUCUAGUCUUGCGCACGUUCAAAACAUGUUCCUAAUGUUUAGCAUCGACGCUUCACAGACACGACCAGUUCAAAGCGACUCCGAGACGAUAAGAACGUCCGUUCAGCCACGUGUGUGGGCUAUCUGUGUACAGACCUGGGUCGUUCACGAAAUAUACUAGACUGAAUUAUUAAUGAAGAGUACCGAAUCCGAAAGUGAUUUAAACAAGACGCUGCUAAAUGACCAUAUAACGAGCGAACAGCCAUCAUUGAAAAUAUAAUUUACUAAUAUACGACAAGUGUAAAUAUAGCCAAGCGAAAAAGAACUUAAAUAGGCUGUAAUAUAUAUGCGAGC